GAAGAUGAUGAUGAAGUGGAAGAUGAUGAAGAUGAGGACAUGCCCAAGAAAACGGGCGAAUCCGCCAAAGAGGCCAAGCAUUUGGACAGCUUGACUGAUGCCAUUGAUGAGGACAAGACCACGUCCUCGAAGGUUGAUGCCAAAGAGGUGCAGGCAAAGCUGGACGAAUUUAACAAACGAAAGGAGGAAGCAGACAGAAAACGAGCCGAAAGGGAGAAACAGUUGGCUCAAGAAAGGAUCAAAAAAGAAGAUUUGGAUCUGAUGUGCUCCGAGUUACCACUUUGUGAGCGGGACGUUUUAGAACGUUUGCUGCGUGUACAUCGCGGUGACUUGAAAGAAGCGCUUCGUUCUGCCGUCAGGACCUUCCCGACAAACAGCGCCUGA